AGCCAUCUAACAGGAUGUAACCCAACUGUCAGCAAGUCAGAUCUCUCUUUUGCACAAAUGCAUCUUUUCAGAUGUGCCAAAGGCAGAGCCACACAAACCUCUCCUCCCACACCGAAUCGACAGACAGCCUGCAAACAUCACUGAGCGAGCAUGGACGAACUAGACUUUCUCCUGGAAGAGUUAGCACAGACGUCUUCCCAGAAUGCUCCAGGCCCCGCAGGUAUCACUCAGAAGAAUUCGGAGCAAACUGGAAAGAAUGAAAGAUCCAGCACACAUGGACAGAUCACACCUGUAUAUAUUUCUACACUUCCGGCCCAGGACCCGAACAGUGACCACGUGUACAGCGAAGUUCCAGACCCUGUAGAGGCCACUCUGAGUCCCCGUUCGGCCACACAAGAACUGGACUCCAUCAUGCAGGAGCUACUGGGCCUGAAUUUAGGGCUCUCGGACUUGCCAGCCACAUCAGGCCCCCCUCCGCUCGUUCGGAAAUCCCAAAAAAGCAAAGGAGGAAAGGAGACGAAGGACGCGGACGUCGAACUCGCGGGCGAGGGCAAAUCCCGUGCAGCUGAGGAUUCUGAUCAGGCACCUGGGAAGACAAACGAACCCACUGGGGCCUCCAUAGAUGACCUCCUUGGGGGCCUACGUUCUGACAUGGAGAGGAUGGGCGUGCGCACCUCCGCCAAAGGCCUCUGCACUGCCUGCGGCAAGUGCAUUGUGGGAAAGAUGAUCACAGCUCUGGGAGAGGUGUGGCACCCCGAACACUUCGUGUGUUCCUCGUGCGGGACAGAACUCGGCACGUGCGGCUUCUUCGAGAGAGACGGGAAGCCCUACUGCGAGAAGGACUACCAGAACCUCUUCUCUCCCCGCUGCGCGUACUGCAAAGGCCCCAUUCUACAGAACAUCCUGACCGCGAUGGACCAGACCUGGCACCCAGAGCACUUCUUCUGUAACCACUGCGGGGAGGUUUUCGGGACGGAGGGCUUCCUGGAUCGCGACGGCAAGCCGUACUGCAAGAAAGACUUUUACCGUCUCUUUGCGCCAAAGUGCUCUGGAUGUGGGAAGCCCGUGCAGGAGAACUACCUGUCCGCAGCCAACGGCACCUGGCAUCCCGACUGCUUCGUCUGCACGGAUUGCAUGAGUCCCUUCCGGGACGGGUGCUUCAUGGAGCUGGACGGACGUCCCCUCUGCUCCCUGCACUACCACUCCCGUCAGGGCAACCUGUGCGGGGGGUGCGGGACGCCGAUUUCGGGGCGCUGCAUCGCGGCGCUGGACCGCAAGUUCCACCCCGAGCACUUCGUGUGCGCCUUCUGCCUGAAGCAGCUCAGCCAGGGCGUGUUCAAGGAGCAGGACGGGAAACCGUACUGCGGCACCUGCCACGACAAGCUGUUCCUGUGAGAGGCGCGGGGGGUGGGGAGAGGAGAUAAGGGAGGAGGGGGGGGGAGAGAGAGAGGGAUGGGAGAGAGGGGGGGAGAGAGAGGGAGAGGGUGAGAGGGAAAGAGAGGGGAGGAGGAGAGAGGGGAGGAGGGAGGAGAGUGAGAGGGAGAGAGAGGGGAGAAAGAGGAAGAGAGAAUGAGAUUCUAUUUUUAAAACCCCUUUAAUUGAAGCAUUGUUCAAACAAAAAAUACAGAACUUCCAUAAAAAAAGCCCACACAACAGGGAGGGAGGGAGAGAGAGAGAGAGAGAGAGUUUGAGUUGAGUUUUAACAAACCUUUAUUGUACAAUACCUAGUGCCAUUCGGCACAGCAAAAUAAAGAAACCACCAAAUGAAAAAGAACAACAAAUACCAAGGCACACACACACAAGAAAAACAAACAGAAAAAAAAAUCUGAACAAAGCAAUAGAAUAGAGACCAUGUCACCUACAAAGAAGCAAAUAUGCCCCAAACAGAUACCAAUAAUUUAAUAAAUAAAUAAUGAGAAUGAGAGAGAGAGAGAGGAGAGAUACAGAGAACAAGAGAAUGAGAGAGACAGAGAGUGUGUGAGAGAGAGCGAGUCUGUCAGAGAAAGAGAACAAGUGAGUGAGACAAUGAAAGAAAGAGAGAGAGAGAGAGCCUGAGGGGGUCUCUCUUUAUUUUGUCAAGCGUUUAUUUUGUCUCUUAAACAAACCAUACACUGGACACCACACACAAACACACACACACACAAAACCCAAA